AUGGCACACAAUCCAGCGGGCCCAGUAUCACAUGCCGAAACUUAUAACCAAGCCGGCACGCAAACAUCGCAUUUUGGUCUCGAAACUAAUGCCAUUCCAUCUGGCCUCGCAUCGUCAAAUCCUCGAGAUGGGUUUCCCCUGGAUCGUGGGGCGCUUGCUGACGCUCUUAAUCACAAUCACGACCACGACAAGGUCCAAACGCAGACGCAGGAUAUAACGGACUACCAUGAAGACCAAGACGAUGAGGAACCUCUACCAGACCCCAUGCUCGAGGCCGCCGCAAUGAGGGUCCGGCAUCCUGACAGCAUUAUCCUAUCACCCGGGCUCCCACCGGACGAGGAAUCCGGGGGCGGCGACGGUCCAUUCCUACUCCCCGCGAAGCAGGGCGUGCCGCCCGAGCUGCCCAACCUAGCAGCCGAAGUCAUCUUCGUGCUUAUAUGCACCGCCGGCCAAGUCAUCUCCGCGCUGACCUACGGCCACGUGAUCGUGGGCCAAACAGCCCUCCGCACCGCCCUCGGCAUUCCCGCAACCCAAGUCCCGUGGCUCCUCGGCUCCGCGCUACUCGCCAGCGGGCUCUCCGUCAUCGUCGCGGGCUCGCUCGCGGACCUCGCCCCGCCGAAACCUCUCAUGGUGUGGGCGUUUGCGUGGAGCGCAGCGUGGCACGGCGUAGCGGCGGGGGCCAUCUCGCCGCGUCUCAAGGUACUAUUCUUCAUGGCGCGCGCGAUGCAGGGGCUGUCGCUCGGCGUGCUCGUGUCGGCAUCGAUGAGCAUCCUGGGGCGCGUGUACAAGCCGGGCGUGCGCAAGACGCGCGUGUUCUCGCUGAUGGCGGCGGGCGCGCCCAUCGGGUUUUGGAUCGGGUGCGUGCACGGCGGGGCGCUGAGCGGGCAGCUCCCGUGGCUAUUUGGCAGCACGGCGAUCUUCCUGGCUCUGGUCGCGCUGGGCGCGCAGCUGACCUUGCCGGAUCUGAGUCCCGCAAAAGACAGCAGCGAUGCCGAUGUGCCCUCGCUGCGGCACUUUGACUAUAUCGGCGCCACGCUCUCGUGCGGCGGUUGCGGCCUCUUGCUUUUUGGCCUGACGCAGGGAGCUUCGUCCCAGUGGAGCCCGUACACAUACACGCUUAUUGUUGUGGGCAUGCUGAUGUUCGUUGCCUUCGCGUUCGCCGAACGCCAGAUCGCGCGACCCUUGAUCCCGAACGGUCUCUGGAGCACGCCGGGAUUCACUGCUCUGCUGGUAGCGUAUUUCCUCGGCUUCGGGGCCUAUUCCGGUGCUUGGCAGUUUUAUGCCGUCCAGUUCUGGGAGCGGUACCAGGGCGCUAGUCCGCUCACUAUUUCCCUGUAUAUCCUUCCCAACGCCAUCGUCGGUGUGUUGGCAGCUUGGAUUGUAUCCAAGACGCUGCAUGUGUUCCCGGGGCAUUGGAUCUUCACAGCGAGUAUGGUUGCUUUCGGUAUGGGGCCGGCUUUCUUCCUUCCCCAGACCCCGACCACAUCGUACUGGGCGUUAUCUAUGCCGGGUGUGGCUUUGGCAACAUUUGGCCCAGAUAUGAGCUUUGCCGCAGCGGCCAUUUUUAUCACAUCGAGCGUUCCACGAUCAUAUCAGGGUUCUGCGGGGGCUUUGUUAGUCACGGUACAAAACCUCACUUCGGCCAUUAUGACAUCGGUCUCGGAUUCAAUCGGUGUCAAAGUGGAGCAGCUUCCGACUGGUGAAAUUGGAUUGAAGGGAUUGAGGUCCAUUUGGUGGUUCGGUCUGGCGUCCGCAUUGACAGGGGCACUUGUCACUGCGACUAUGGUCCGGAUACCCAAGGCUGAGGAGAAGGAACAUGUGCGGUGAAGAGUUAAGCAAACAUCAUAGUGAUAACUAUUUACUAGGUAGGCACAUAAUGGGUAGAGCUAACGAUUUUCAAGGGGGGUUAAUGCCUAGCUAGAUAGGAAUGCGUUGUCUCCUGAUCACUUCAAUCGUGAGGUAGAAAUGGAUUGGAUUUCCUUGGGUAUACGAUGAUUCUUAGAUGCAAAGGAUCAAGGGCGAUGGAUGGUGACGAUAUGACUCUGUUUCUCUUGGCACUAUUGUCCCGAUCCUCCAAGUCUUGAUUUGGGGAUAUCGAAUGAUCCUAUUAACAUGGAGCUCACUAUGUAACACUCUAACGGCCUGGACUGUGGAUGCCCUGUCGGUAGCUCACUGUUAGGGCAUGCAUAAGGCUCUUAACUGAGGAUGGUUGACGGUUUCCGUAUUUGCCAAGACUCGUAGGCAUAUAAUUG